CGCGUUUGGCAAGCCUGCGUAGCUUGCCGUCGAAAAAAGAUCAAAUGCGACGGCCAGCAGCCAUGUCACAACUGCAGUUCUCGCGAGGCGCCAUGCGACUACCCCGGCAGCAAGGACAAUGCCUCUCACAGCCGCAACUACGCCAUGGCAUUUGAGACACAGUGCCAGCAACUAGACGUCUUCUGUAGACGGCUUGAGAACUUGACAGGCGAGCUCCACCGCUCCAUUGAGACCCUCAAGCAGCAGCAGGGCACAGACAAGGACAACGCGACCUCUGCUUCCGAUGUUGAGCUGAACAACUCGUCGAUCCUUCUGCGGGACGACGAAGAUGAAGAUGAAGAAUAUGAUGAUGAUAAUGAUGAUGAUGACGACGACAACGGCAUUCCCCAGACCCUGAAUGAUGUUGACCAGGGCGACUCGUUUGGUGCGUGUGCUGGGACUGCCAGAUUCGGCUCUCUGGUCACCGAUUCCUAUGGCAGACUCAGGUUCGUUGGUGGUGCAACCAACGACAUGCUCAUCGAGGCAGUCAAGAGUCUAACCCCAGGGCACUCAGACCAUGAACAAGCGCAGGCGCCAUCUCAACGACAACCCAUCGAGAUACCUCUUUUCACACACGGCCAAGUCUGGCCUGAAUUGUCUCUGUUGCCUGGCCCAGAAAAAUUGAGUCGACCGCCGCAAUAUGUUGGCGACCUCCUCGUUGGGCUCUACUUCGACCAACUCCAUUACAUGCUGCCGGUGCUCUAUAAGCCGGACUUUAUGGCUCGCUACAGACAGAUGAAGGCGUCUACCACCGUGGACAAGAGGUUUUUAAUGGUAUUCUUCGCCAUUUGUGCUUGCGCCUCCAAUCUGAUUCCCUCAGACUCGGGCGGGUCCAAGACGGCCAGGUUUCCAGGUAUCGACUACUACCAAAAGUCGCUGCUGCUCAAUUUUGCCACGACGGGCGAGGCGAGUCUAGAGAGGGUCCAGUGUUUCGCUCUGCUGGCCAUGUGCUCAGCAGGCUGGAAUACACUGUCUCAGAGCUGGACAUUCGCGGGCCAGGCCGUGCGUGCAGCACAGGAUCUGGGCAUGCACCUGAGCAACCUUGCAGCCCCGUCAUCGCAGCAUUUGUCCGCGAACCGGUUGAAGACUGAGAUAUCACGCCGUGUGUGGUGGAGCCUCUACUGUCUGGAUCGCGUGACCUCAACAUGUCUCGGGCGGCCGAUGGCUGUGAAUGACGCCGACUGCCACUGUGCACUACCACAGUCAGCAGACGACGAGGCGCUUCACGAAGUGAAUCAACAGGAGUCUAUCGCUGUGGCUCGAAAGAAGACGACAUCUUCUUCAAUGGCGGGAUUCGUCGCCUUUGCCCGGCUGUGCCACAUCGCCGGCAAGAUUCAAGCUCUCCACUCUCCGGCUCGGAUACAGGAGCUGGCUAUGCCGCAGAAGGCUAGAGGGUUGGCGAGGUUGGUCGCGAGGCUGGACCGUUCCUUGGAUAACUGGCUUGGGAAUUUGCCUGAGGAGCUCGGCUUCUCAACAAGUGUCGCGAACCGUGGCCCAACCUCAGCUAUGUCUGUUGUCAUGUCGAUAGUUCACGCCGGAUCGCGGCUCGCCCUUUACAGGUCAUUGGGCGGUAAGGUAGACACGGCCAUGCUGACUGUCGCCGAUCCCGUCCAUCACUGCAUCACUGCCGCACGCAGCUGUAUCAACGCUGCGGAACUGCUUCGGGAGCUUGUGCCGCCAUCUCACCACCUGGCAAUUUGCAUACACUAUCUAACACUUUCGGGCAUCGUAUUACUACGCACGACGGAGCACUCAGACAGGUGUGUGGCCCAAGAUGUCGACAAGUGUGUCGCCAUUCUGCGGGACCUCGAAGCGGCAUGGUCAGGUGCGAGAAAGAGUCGACUCAUUCUUGAACAGUUGAUGAAGGAACCUAUUAGUGACAGUAGC